UGAAUUUAAAUCCUUCCUCUGAGAAUUAUCGAAUCUCUCUCCCAAAAUGUCAGACGAGAAGAUAUUCAUCGAUCUCUGUAGCUCCGACGAGGAGGAAGAAGACAAUUUCCCUGAUGAGAAUCGUUUUCCAGAAGAGCUUGAUGACCAAACGGAAGAAGAGGAAGAAGAAGAUACGACUUCAAGUGAGGAUGAUAGCGAUCGGAGCGAAGACGAUGCUAGCGACUCAGAUGUAGACUACGACAUCGUUAACGAAACAGGCCAAAAAGGCCAUGCUGCUGAUUCUGCUGAUGAUGAUGCUGAAAAAGUCACCCGCCUGCUCACAGCUGGAAGUGAUUUGAUGAAAUCUGUAAAUGUGAAAGAAUGCAAAGCAUACCUGAGAAAGCAUGGUUUAAGAUUAUCUGGUACUAAACCAGUUUUUAUUGAGAGGAUUCUUGAGCAUUGGAGGAUUAAAGAUGGGAGUGGAGAAUCAAAAUAUCCAAUUUCAUCUUUUCCUAUCAACUGUAAAGGUGAUGUCUGCAAAGGAGACACUGUUUUGUUUACACAGAAGGUGAAAGGGAGUGGGAAGAUUGUUGGGAGAAGAACUGUCGCUGGCCAGGUUGUUAAAGAAAGCUACGGUACUGCUAAACAGCAACACACUUUCACUAUUGAAGUGCUUUGGAGCGAGGGCAUGCAGGAAUUGCCUCCCUUGUACCCUUUACUAGUUAAAGGACGGAAUCUUUAUAGGUUAAUGACCAUGAGGCAGCGAUGGGCUAAUGAAAACGAGAGAGUAAAAGUUCUUUCUGAAAAGCAUAGCCGUGGUGCCGCAGCAAGAAAGGUUAUGAGAGAAAGGAAAAUAAAGUUAGGCUAUGUACUAAUAGAUGGAAGACUUCAAAAGCCUGGUCAUGUGAAGAAGCCUUGUCGAGUAAAGACAAGAAAAAAUGAGAAUCAAACUCAGAGGCCUACACAAGAAGCCAUCACGGCUAAUCAUUCACGAGUUGCUUCUCAGGGUCAUAAGAAUCCAACCCAGUUGAGAAAUAUGAAUCCACCUUUCCACUCCCAUAAUUCCCUUACAUAUGCUCCUCGACCACACGGUGGUCAACUACGUGCUCCUCUUACAUAUGCUCCUCGUCCAUACGCUCCUUUCAAUGUCCCCCAUUCACAUCUUCCUCGUCCAAACAUUCCUCAGCCACACUCGUAUGCUUAUUCAACUCAGCAAAACCAAUCAAUCCCAAGACCACCACCAGCUUUCUUCAACGGAAGACCUACUUCUAAUGCUUUGCAGGGACAAGCAUCUUUCAACCCACUCGCUAUGCACCAGAGGAGGCCAUACCAGAACCAUCAUACCAACCAUGCAAGCUCGAACAGUGGCUACAACUACGGGGUGAGGGACUUGGAUCACUUCUCGGAUAUGACGAUAAGCCAACACAUGAACCAUCGUCAUAUCUACCAUUCGAACUCUAAUAACAACUACAACCCUGGAGACACACACAGGCAAAGUAGGGACACUUACAGACCAAAUCAUCGGUAACCCUCAUCCGUAAAGUUUCACCGGAUCACAAUUCUCUUGAUUGAUCAUCCUUUCUCAAGCUUUUUUUUUUUCCAAUCAUAAAUUAACAUUUCUUAUGUAUGGCGCAUUUCAAGGAUUACUUUCAUUAUGAAUUUUGUUCAGUCUUUUUUUUUUUUGCAAGUUCAUUUACCAGCAACACUACCA